GAGAGGAUUUGGAGGAUCGUUUUGUUCAACUAAGAAAUCAGCUGUCAAAAAAACUACGUGAAAUGAGACAAAAGCCCCCCAGUGGUUCUGGUGGUGGAGUCAAAACUGUCCAAUGGCCACUAAUGGGUGCAAUGAGUUUUUUGAUUCCACAUAUUAAUCCACGCAAAACAAGAGGAUCUCUAUCUCAAGCUACGCAAUCUACGCAGCUUAUGCAGCCAAAAGAAAGUCCAUCAGUAUCGUCUGUUAUAUCAGUACCUGUACUGUCUCCAUCUGCACCAACAGUGUCUUCUCCAUCGCCACUACUAUGUACAGAGACAAUAUCUUCACCACGAUCAUCCUCUUCAUGUAAUUUUUCAUGCCUAGAGACAAGUUCAUCUUCAUUGUCUAACAAUGAGUUGAUUUUGAAUGUAUGGGAAAGUUCUAAUGAUAAUGUUGUGACAAAUGUGAUCGAAGAUAACAGUUCUUCCAUAGUUGAGGAUAUAAAUGUCUCGUCAUUUAUUAAGAAAAAAGUCACUACUCCUCCUCCUGACAUUUUUCAUUCCUCGAAAAAGAAAAAACAUAAUAUUGAAGAUAUGCUAAUACAAUCUUCUGCUGCUUUUCAAGAUGCUGCAAAGGCAGUUUCAUGCCUAGUACCAACAGCAACUGAGACAAAACAAAGUAAGAAUCCCUAUGCUGGAGCAAUAAUAGCAGCAUUAGAAGACGUUUCUACGGAAAAGUUAUUGGACUGUUUUUUAACAAUAAUGAAUACUAUUAAAGAAUAUCGUUCCUGA